UGCAACGUGGACGUGCACUUUUUACUUACCCCAAAAAAAAAAGACGUGGACGUGCACUUCUCCUGGUUAGAAACCUUGAGAGCCCCUCCUACCUCUCCCUCUCCCUCUACCUCUACCUCUUCGUUUAAACUCACAGGCCCUUCAUACUCCUCAGUGACGGGCCGGGCUUAGUUGUGGAGUAUGGGUUUUUCUAAGGAGCUGCUGCUUGCUCGUUUGCAGGAACUUGGAAUUCAUUUUGUUAGUUAUGAGCACCCUGUUGUUCUUACUCUUGAAGCCCAGGCUAAGUAUGUUGGCCAUUUGGGAAGUGCACUGAGUAAGAAUUUGUUCCUGAAGGAUAAGAAGCAUAGAUUGUAUGUUGUUUCAGCUCUGGCUGAUACCAAAGUUGACCUGAAAGUUUUGUCUCAGCGGCUUGGUUUGGGAAAGGGUGGACUGCGGAUGGCUCCUGAAGAAUCUCUUCAAGAAGUACUUCAGGUACCUUUGGGUUGUGUGACUCCCUUCGCCUUGAUUAAUGAGAGUGCAAGAUCUGUUGCACUAUUGUUGGACCAAGGUUUGAAAGCUCAGAAGUGCUUAUUUCAUCCACUUUCCAAUGAUAUGACUAUUUCCCUCUCCGCCAACGACCUUGACAAGUUUCUAAUUUCAAUUGGAAGAAGUCCCUCGUAUGUGGACCUUGAGGCUAUUGUUCCUGUUGGGAAGGACCAACCACCAGAUCUUGCUACUCUUGUUCCAACUGAGAUUGUGAAAUCACUAGAUGUACCACAACAAGGGACACCGAUCCAAAUUGCUGCAGAGAACCAUAUGCCUCGAGAGAAGAAAUUGAUGGAGCUUCAAGGCACAGAAAAGAUCAGUAACAAGUCCAAGCCUGCUGGGGAUGGGGUAACUAAGAAGCCUUCAGGAGAUAAGAAUCCAUCUACUGGUGUAGCAGAUGUACAAAAAUUUGUGAAUGAAAUCAUGGAUAAAACAUCUGCAAUACUCCAAGCAGAGGUUAGUGAGGCUUCUAUUCAGAAGCAUGGGAAGCAACUUGGGAAUGUGCUCUCUGACACUAUCAGGAAACGCUUGACACUAGAUUUGGAGAAUCUCGUGAUGACUUUCAAGAAUACUGCAUACACCGAAGGGUUUCAAUCAAAAAUUGGGAGCCUAUCAUUGCACAAAUGAGGGUGGUUUAUUUUCCAGCACUGUAGGAUCUGCAAGGAAGUUCAGGUGGUAAUGCUUGCAUUUUACAUCUCUAACCCCAAUGCCGAGAUGUUCUUUUAGUGAUUAGUAUUCUGGGGAUGUUAGUUAUGUCAAUCUGGUACACUACCUACCUCAUAAUUCAUUAUGAGAAAUUCAACUUGCAAGCUCGUAUUGUCGUCAAGGCAUCAUUCUGGCAUUAUUACCUUUUAAUAGCAGCGGAAUUCAUUACGAAGCUCAGAAAAAACUUUUUUGGGCAUGUAUACCAGAUUACCAACAUAGAAAUGUUGAUUGACUUUGAUUUAUACUCCUUGCCUGUGUUCCUAAGAAAUGAUAAUCCAAUCUAUUAGGGGCCGUUUGGAUACUUGGAAAUAUAUUGUCUGUGAAAUAUAUUACGGGCGUAAUACA